GGUGUCCUGUACAAAAGCAUCCGGGUACAUCCGGAAGCUGUAGGAAGGGUGGACUAUGGCAGAGGGAGUACCCAGGAGAGCUACGGGCCGGCGUCGCGGCCGGGGUCGGGGCCUGGGUCAGCGGCGACCUCAAACCUGGGAGAUCUCCGACUCAGACGACGAAGGUGCCGCCACUAGGAAGGUGGGCACGCAAGCCUCGAGUACAGCAAGCGAGCGCAGGACUGCGGCCAAGGCAUUACGGGCAGAUCAGGUCCUGAGUCGCCUAGCGGUGUGCGUGGAUCCAGCUAUCCUGGAAGAUGCAGGUUCCGAUAUCCUAAUAGAGGCGUUGGGCACGCUAGGCUGUGAAUGCCGCAUCGAGCCGCAGCUCCUGUCCCGCAGCCUGCAGUGGAGCGUCGUGAGGACCGACCCAGCCCCCAGCAGUGUGCCGCUGGAGGUGUGGCCUGAGGAUGAGCGGGAACAGCUGCUGCUGCUAGAACCCCAGGAGUUUCUUCGGAGUGCUGUGCAGCUGUCCCAGACCACAGGUCCACCUUACUCCACGCCCUGGCUGCCUCCCAACAGUCCAGCCCGCCUCCACCUGGCUGUCAUUGGACUGGAUGCAUACAUGUGGUCUCAGCAUCCCAGUUCUCAAAGGACAUGGCAGCUAAAUAAGUCAAAGGAAGCCCACGGCAAGAUGGCCAUCAGCUGGCCGGAGGUGGAGGAGGUCCUGGUGCUGCUUCAGCUCCAUGCAGACCUGGAUGUGCUGCUGGUGGCCUCAUGGCAGGAGCUGAGUCAGUAUGUGUGUGCCUUCACCAAGGCCCUCUCCCAGCGCCCUUCCAAGCAGUACCGGGACUCCCAGGCCUUUUCCUUCUGCACAGCAGGGCACUGGGCCUCAGGUCAGCAAGUGGCCAAAGAUGGCUCUGGGCUCCGAGGAGUAUGGUGGCGACAAAUCAGACAGUUCAACCGGGUCAGCCCAGCUGUGGCUGAUGCUGUUGUCACCGCCUUCCCCUCGCCCCGCCUUCUGCAACAGGCUUUACUGGACUGCGGCACGGAACAGGAGCGCCUGAAUCUCCUAGCUGACCUCCCCGUGAAGGUCCACAGAGGCAGGCAGCCCCGGAGGGUGGGACCUGACAUUUCACGCCGAAUCUGUAUCUUCUUGACCACCACUAACCCCCACCUCCUGCUGGACCUGAGCACUUGAUCACACCUGUGACAUCCUUGGGCUGCUUCUUGCCCAAGAGACUGACUAGUCACUCUGAGAGGUAGGCAAGGAUUGGGCCCAACCAGCAUACUUUUUCAGUCUGGGGUAGACUCUGGUCAAAUGGAAGCAUCAUGAGAAGCUGGGGCCCUGGAAUGACUGGGGCUUCAACAUGCCCUUGGCCUGGAUCCUGGGUGCAGGAAGCCUGGUGGCAGAACUGAGUGCCCAUUUGGGCAAUUCCCAGUCCCAUUGCUAUCUGGAAGCUUAGGGUACAUCCUCAGGAAGUAGU